UAAACGUCAAACUAACGUCAACAAAGGAGCAUGGGAAGUGGUGGCCUUUCACGUGUUUUUGUUCAUAUAUAUUGUAACGUUUAAUGAUAAAUAAGUAAAAAUGAAGCACAAAAGGUUCGAAGAGAACAUCUUAGUUGAUGAAGCUUACACAAAUUACGGCCAACCUGACAAAAAUGCCGAUACAAAGAAAGGACAGGGUAUUGCGAAGCAUUUUGCUGAAACCCUGGAAUAUGAGGAUAAAAAGAAGUGGUAUCAUCAGAUGCCAGAAGAGCCACCAAUAUCGAAGACAUUAACACAGGAUCAAAUUGAGGAGAUGAGGAAAGAGGCCAGCAGUGCUCUUCAUGGUGACACAAUGGCUUAUGAGACAAAGGCAAACAGAAGCGGCUCCUCAGAUCAUCAGUGGGCGCGCACACUCCUGAACAAAGGUGCCAUAGGAGACAGAGUGGCAGCUGCCACUAUAUUGAUUCAGGACAACCCUAUUUACAACUUGACGGCGCUACGGAACAUGAUCAACAAUGUGAAACCAGCUAAAAAGAAGGAUGGAAUCAUUAUCAUUGAUGCGCUAUCAGAGCUCCUUAUAUCCGAGCUACUCAUACCGGACAUGAAGCUGCGUACAUUCGAGCAGCAUCCCCUGGGCCACGUGGACGAGAUGACGUCCGGCAACAAGCAGGCGCGCAGGAACAUAUUGAAGCUGUGGUACUUCGAGGAUCAGCUCAAGGAGUUGUAUGGGAGCUAUGUGGAAGCUCUGAACAAAUUCGCCCACGACUCGGUGGAGGCGAACAAAGAGAAGGCGGUCAGUGCCAUGUCUUACCUGCUGAUGCAUCAUCCAGAGAGGGAGAAGAUGCUGUUAACAAAUAUAAUCAAUAAGCUAGGAGACCCGUCGCAGUCGGUCGCGUCGAAGGUGAUCUACCAUCUCUGCCAGCUCCUGUUCAACCAUCCUAACAUGAAGGCUGUGGUACUGGCUGAUAUUGAGAAGAUGUUGUUCAGAACGAACAUCUCCCCCCGCGCUCAGUACUACGGCGUGUGUUUCUUGAACCAGUUCUACCUCGGCAAGGACGACUCCAAGAUCGCUGAGAACCUCAUCAGGAUCUACUUCUCCUUCUUCAAGGCUUCUAUCAAGAAGGUAAGCAGGAAUACACCAUAUUUUUUUGAACCAGCAGUGCCGAAGCAUGGUUCUCCCACACAUAAUGAUGAUGUAAUACGAAACUGCGUUUAUUUGGAUUUUAUUUAUGGAAUAAAGACGCCAACGAUUUCGUUUUCUUGUUAUUGGUUAGUGAGAAUAAAUCUUACUAUUGAAUUAUCAGUCUGCUUGGUUGACCAUCAAUGCCAUAAAAAGCGCCAAGGACGUACUUUUCAUUUCAAAACUCAAGUGUUCAUAAAACUAUUCUCCCAUUCCAGCUACUACACCGCCCUCUACCGCAAGCUGACAAAUGCAGAAAUAUUCAACACAACACACUCGGCGCUUCUCUUCUCGCUUAUAUACAAGUCAUUAAAGCAGGACAAGAAUAUACCUCGCGUGACGUCAUUUAUCAAGCGAUUGCUACAGUUAUGUUGUUACAUGACUCCUGCGCAGGGGUGUGGGAUGCUGUUCCUCAUUUCUCAAGUCUUAAAGGAUGGAGAGAAGAAGGAGGCUGUUAAAUUGGUCUGGACUAAGAGGGAGAUUAAGGAGGAAAUAAAAGAAGAAGUACCAGAAAUAGAAGACAUUUUGGAUGACAGUGCAGAAGAUACGGUGACAGAAAUAAACACGCCACUCAAUGACACGGCCGAUGAUGAGGUCAAGGUGGAACAGAAGAAAGUUGACCUGCUAAGGGGUGACAAGAAAGAUCUGUUGGAUGAUGAUGAAGAAGAAUCAUACGUGGAUCUCAAAAUUGAUGACCAAGGUAACAUAAGGCCUAAGAAACGUAAGCAUGGGUCUGUCAUACCCGGCUGGUAUCACGCCAAGGUGAAGUCAGAGGUCCCGGAGGUGAAGAAGGAUGAGGAACUGGAGAAGGAUGUCGCUAAAAUACAGCUGAAGAAGACUGUUAAUAUGGAUAAGGAAAUUACGGACUAUAACCCGUUGGCUCGUAAUCCAUCCUUCGCGGGUGCUCAUCGCUCCGCCUACGUGGAACUCGUGGCCCUGGCCAGGCACUUCCACCCCACUGUCAAACUGUUCGCUGAGAAACUGCUGCGAGAGCAAAUAAUCCAAUACAGCGGCGACCCACUCAAAGAUUUCGCCGGUAUUAGGUUCUUGGACCGUUUUGUGUUUAAAAACCCUAAGAAACGAGCUGAGACGCAACUGGACGAUGGAGUCAAGAAAGUAAAGGGGUCGCACCCUAAGUUCGCUAUCAGGAAGAAUUAUACUGCUAAAGGUCUAAAGAGUAUACCAGUGAACUCGGCGUCGUACCUCAACGAAGAUGCCAGUAAAGUACCUGUGGAUGAGAGAUUCUUAUACGAUUUCCUACAAAAGCGUCGCAAUGCGGCAGAUGACUCGGAUGACGAUGACAGUGAUGCUGACUCCGUGAACAGCGAGGACUUCGAGCAGUAUCUCGACGGCGUCACCGGGGCUAAGGCACUAGCGGAAUCAGACGACGAACUAGACUACCUAGCAGACAUGGCUGCUACGAAACAGAAGCGUGGUAACAAGAAGCAGGACGACGAUGACGAUCACCAGCUCGGCAGUGAUGAUGAUGAUGAUGAUGAUGAUGAUGAGGGUGGUGAUGAAGGAGCUGUUGGCGGUGAUGAGGACGACGAGGAUGGAGAUAGCGACGGAGAAUUGAAUAUCUCAGGAGAUGAGGACGAACCAGCGCUGUCUGGAGAGGAAGAUGAACUGCUGCUUGAAGACAGCGACGAUGAUGAUGACAAAAUCGAUGUUCCCGGCACUAAAUCAAAGAAAGGAAAAGGCAAAUUUAAACUAAAAGGUGGCGACGACCUUGGGUCUCUAUUCGCCUCAGCUGAAGAAUUCUCAACAUUACUAGAAGAAACAGCAGCUAACAAAAAGCAAGGGUCAAGCCAAGCAGUAGCCAACACAGAUAACGCAAGCACCAAACAAUUAGCCUGGGAAGAUAACAGGGCCCAGUGGAUCAAAGGAUACAACAGAAAAAUAUUAGGAAACAAAUCAAGUAAUAAAAAAUUCAAAAACAAAAAAGGCAACUUCAAUAAAUCUGACAAUAAGAACAAACCCAACAAAAAAGGUUUUAACAAAAUGGCGGAUAAAGGCGGGAAGAGAAAAGGCGCGAAAGUCAAUGGUCCCGGCGGUAAAAAGAAGAAAAUGAAAUGAUUGAUUUGCUUGUUAAAAUAAAUUGUUGUCGA